AUGACAAUAGCAGCAAGGCGCAUCUGCGCCCAAUGCUUCAAUCACUUCUCUCAUCCUCGAUCCGGUGCCCGUCGUCUGCCCUCAUGGCGGAUUUCUCCACACGAGUCUCUACGGACGUUUUCGCAGUCAAGUCUUCGCGGCGCAUUCGCACCCCCGACGCCUGCAUCGCUGGGUCAAGCCGUGCCUGCUAGGCAAUACAAGAGAACAAGAAAAUGGGCGCGCAGAUUCGCAUACUUAUUCCUGGGCGGGACUGUCGUAUACGUGGUGGACAAGAGAUACUACGCAUCCAGUCUCACCAGAAGUUUCCGCACUUUUUCCACCGGUUUGAUUGCUGCCCUGGACUACAAGAUCAACUUUCGAGAGGACCCAUGGUUUGACAAUGACAUUACCGAAGUCCACGCACGCAAUGCGACGAGAUUGUUUCAUCUCUUGCGGACAAAUGGCGGGCUGUACCUCAAGAUCGGUCAGGCCAUUGCCAUGCAGACGGCCAUCUUGCCUCCAGAAUUUCAGAAGAUGUUCUCCAAGAUGUUUGACGACGCACCGCAGAAUGGCUGGGAGGACGUGCGACGGGUUAUAAUGGAGGACUUUGGCGGCCGGACGCCCGAGGAGGUGUUUGGCAUCUCUUUCGACGGUGAUCCUGAUGCCGGGGUUAUGGAGCGAAAAGCCCGGGCCAGCGCGAGCGUGGCACAGGUACACUGGGCAAGGCUGAAAGACGGUCGGGAAGUAGCCAUCAAAAUACAGAAGAGGGAGAUUGCUCAGCAGGUCGGGUGGGACCUGUGGGCAUUCAAGGUGGUGAGUCGGAUAUAUACGUGGUGGUUCGACCUGCCCCUCUACUCGCUUGUUCCGUAUAUCACGGAAAGACUACUACUGGAAUGUGAUUUCCAGAGCGAGGCGAAUAAUUCCAAGGAGAUGGCAAAACUCGUCAAGGGCGAACCCCGGUUGCGGGAUAGAGUCUACAUCCCCAAGAUAUACGACGAUCUUACCACCAAGCGGGUCAUGACGGCUGAAUGGGUUGAGGGCGUGCGAUUGUGGGACAAAGAGGCCAUUACUCGACCGUGGAAGGGAGGCUGGCGGACCGGCAGUCCAGGCUGUCACGGCACUCCGCUUGAUCCGCCUCAAACUCCCAUCACCACUCUGCAGGAAAAAUCCCGGUCGUACAACGAAGAACUCAAGCCGGAUAGGACAUGGUGGAAAGGGCAGGACGGCAAAGGUGGUCUCGGUCUGGAUCUCAAAGAAGUCAUGACCACCAUGGUAGACCUCUUCUCUGCACAGAUGUUUCUCUGGGGCAAGGUUCACUGUGAUCCUCAUCCAGGGAAUAUCUUUGUUCGACGCCUGCCCAACGGCCAUUCUGAACUUGUUCUGAUCGACCAUGGCCUCUACAUCAACAUGUCUCCCUCGUUCCGGCAUCAGUAUUCCCUCUUUUGGAAAUCUUUGAUGAUAUUCGACAAUAAGACCCUCAAGGAAGUCGUCAGCCAGUGGGGCAUCAACAACGCCGAGAUCUUCGCGUCAGCCGCACUUAUGCGUCCCUACGAAGGAGGGGAUCGCUCGGUGUCGACUCGGCUGAAGGGGAUAUCGGAACACGAGAAGAAAAAGCGCCAGUACGAGCUGCAACAAGCCAUGCGCAAGGGCAUCAAGGAGAUUCUAGGGGAUGAAACCAAAUGGCCUCGUGAACUGAUCUUCAUUGGUCGAAAUAUGCGCAUUGUUCAAGGCAACAACCAGUUCCUGGGCAGCCCCGUCAACCGAAUCAAAAUCACAGGCAACUGGGCGUCGAGGGCGUUGGCCGAGGAUCAACAGCUGACUUUUGCGGAGAGAUGCAAGUAUUUCGGGAGUCAUCUGAUGUUCAAAUUGGUCCUGUUGGCAUCGGAUGCAUUCUUUUGGUAUGCGAAGCUCAAGCAGGCUUUGGGGAGGGGAAAGGGCAUGGACGACGAUGUGGAUCAAAUGAUGAGGGGCAUGGCGAAGGACUAUGGCAUUGAGAUGAACCACAGUGUUUUUGAAGGCUGA